GAACGAGGGACUACGACUCCCGUCAUGCAGCAGCUCCGCUCUUCCAGUGCAUUCUGGGGAUAGUGUUGUGCCGCGCGCCCUAGGCUCCGCGGAAGGAGAACCGGCGAGGGAAAGAGCUGAACUACAAGCCCCAUCAUAGAAUGGGGCCGCUCCGAGGAGGGCCGCGGACGCAUGCGCAGACGCCGCAAGGCAGGAAGACUCGCCCGUGUCCAGAAAAUCCUAGCUGUGCUAGGUAGCGAGAAGCCCACGAAGCCAGCUGGUCCUGAACAGCGACCUGCCAGGCUGGCGCCGAGAUGACCCUCUUCCACUUUGGGAACUGCUUUGCCUUGGCCUACUUCCCCUAUUUCAUCACCUACAAGUGCAGUGGUCUGUCAGAGUACAAUGCCUUCUGGAGAUGUGUGCAGGCGGGAGCCACCUACCUCUUUGUCCAGCUCUGCAAGAUGCUGUUUUUAGCUACUUUCUUUCCAACCUGGGAGGGUGGUGCAGGCGCUUAUGACUUCAUUGGCGAAUUCAUGAAGGCCACCGUGGACCUGGCUGACUUGGUGGGGUUGCAUCUGGUGAUGUCCCGAAAUGCAGGCAAAGGGGAAUACAAGAUCAUGGUGGCUGCCAUGGGAUGGGCCACUGCAGAGCUCAUUAUGUCCCGAUGCAUCCCGCUGUGGGUGGGCGCUCGUGGCAUCGAGUUUGACUGGAAAUACAUCCAGAUGAGUAUUGACUCUAACAUAAGCCUGGUGCACUACAUUGCCACGGCGGCCCUGGUGUGGAUGUUUACACGCUACGAUUUACCCAAGCACUAUCGUCUGCCCCUCACUUUCCUCCUGGGCAUCAGUGUUUACAAAGCCUUUUUCAUGGAAUCUUUCGUUCAUGUUUUCCUCCUAGGCAGCUGGAUGGCGCUCUUGGUUAAAGCCGUGAUCACCGGCCUGCUUUCCCUCAGCUCCCUCACCCUCUUCGUCACUCUGGUGCACAGUAACUGAGGCGCUGCCGGUCCCCUCCCCACGCAGGGGAGCUGUCGCCUGCGCCUCCAGGAUCGUCCUGCCAUGGCCCAGCUGGGGGCUUGGUCGUGCUCGCCGCAACGUCGGUUUCUGCAUGGCCCCUGCUCUUGAGCCACAGGAAUAAUAGUAAUAAAAAGGUUUUUUUAAAAAAA